AUGGCCGGACUUGGCCAGGAGAUCUGGCGGGCGGCUCGUUUGAUAAAGAGGCUAAGUGUCGGGCCAAUACCGCGGAUUGGCAGAAGGUUCAACUCGACAGAGUCUAUCACUGUAAGAAUAAAUCGGGCUCUGGCUGAGACCCCUCCGUGUGCGGCGUUUGAUGUUCUCGCAGAGUACUCGAGAUCAGGCAACAAUUUGCCGACCAAGUAUAUGUUUGCCCUUCAGGAGAAACUCCGAAAAUCACCAGAGCCACUACUUGUACGAUUAUUUGUUGAUUUAUUACCGCUCACAGCAGUCAGGCACCGGCACAAGUUCGUUAACGGUGCAGUAGACCUGUACAUCUCCCUUGGGGAUCUUGAGACAGCCUUGGAUUUUAUUCGGGAAGUCCAAAUAGUUAAUUCGGGGGCAUUCGAAUUCCAAUACGAGGUCUUGGAGCGUAUGAUAAUAGCUGCCAAGUACCAAAACGAUGCGGAAAUUGCCUGGCAGGCCAUGCAGAUGAUUGUCGCCAACUCGAGCAAUAUGGUUUAUGCUCGAACUUGGGGCAUUUUCUUGUCUACAAUUCUAGAGGCUCGGCACCAUGAGUCUUUACAAUGGUUCUACAAAACAGCGGCCAUACCCGGGUUCAUUGUGUUGGACGACAGCUCGUACCUGUCCAUGGCCUCGAUCGCUGCGGAAAACGGCGACCCUCACAUGUGUCGCUGGGCUGCUUUGAGGAUGCGACGUCGUCAAAGAGCACUGGGUGUUUCCAGUCCCCCCAAAGAUCUUCUGAAGGUGUUUGUAUACCUAGUCGAAGCCUCGGCAGGCAAGGGUGAAUACAAGGCGGCCUGCAGGUACAUUGUGAGACUCCGAGACAGCACAUCGUCCCUCCGGUCGUCCGAUUUUCAUCAGCUGCUAGCAUUACUACGUUCUGAAGAUACCGUAUUCGAGUAUUACAUUGGGAUCUAUCAUGAAAUGAGCACAGAUCCGCUCGCUAACGAGGCGGUCAAAACGUUACUGUUCAACCUUCUGCUAGAGUCGCGAAUCCAAGCAACUCAGUACCAGCAGGGCCUGACGCUAUACCAGCACGCACGUGAUGCUGCGGUAGUCUUCAAUAAUACUUCGCGACUACUCAUUGUUCACCUGGGCACCGCUCUGUGGGACAAGAGCCUCAUCGAGUCGAUGAAAUGCGGAGACCCAAAGGUCGAUCAAGCCGUCAGCACAGCUCUUGAAUCAGUGGACCAGUCGGUUUGA